GGGCUAAGUGGAGUGCACCUGCACCUGGCUGCGGCUCAUAGGGACUGGCUCCUCCUCCUGCUCCGACCCCACCCACAGGGCCCUUCUUCCCCAUCUGCCCGGCCGGUACUCCAUCCCAGACCUCUCGCACCUUUGCCUCUCCGGCGCCUCCUCCUCCCCUUGCUCCCGCCCGCGGCUCAGACCGUUUGGGGCUCUCGGGCAGAAUCAGCGGCACACUAGGGGCAUGCGCUCCAUGAGGGCUCUGCAGAGAACGCUGAGCAAAGCCGGCAGUAGGUGCCGGCGGGGAGGCUGGGGUCACCUAAGCCGGAGCCCUCUCCUUGGUGGGGGCAUCCGGCACCACUUCAGUGAGGCCGCGGCGCAUGGCAGGGAGCCGCCGCACAGCUGCCAGCUGCAACGCCAGGAUCAAUUUGGGGCUUUGGGUCCUCCGCGCUCGGGCCGUUAAUUGCCGUGCGCCUGGGAGGGCUUUUGGGCAGGUCGGUCCUCGGGAUGAUGCCUGUCCAAGUGAUGCAUCCGAGAGUGGCAUGCUGUCCCGCCUGGGUGAUCUGCUCUUCUACACCAUUGCCGAGGGACAGGAACGAAUCCCUGUCCACAAGUUCACUACUGCACUGAAGGCCACUGGAUUGCAGACAUCAGAUCCCCGACUCCGGGACUGCAUGAGCCAGAUGCGCCGGAUGGUCCGGGAGUCCAGCAGUGGUGGCCUCUUGGAUCGAGAUCUCUUCCAAAAGUGUGUGAGCAGCAACAUUGUGCUCCUGACCCAGGCAUUCCGAAAGAAGUUUGUCAUUCCUGAUUUUGAGGAGUUCACGGACCAUGUGGAUCGUAUCUUUGAGGAUGCCAAAGCGCUCACUGGAGGCAAAGUGGCAGCCUACAUCCCUCAGCUGGCCAAGUCAAAUCCAGACCUGUGGGGUGUUUCCCUGUGCACCGUGGACGGUCAGCGGCACUCUGUGGGCCACACAAAGAUCCCCUUCUGCCUGCAGUCCUGUGUGAAGCCCCUCACCUACGCCAUCGCCAUCAGCACUCUGGGCACCGACUAUGUGCACAAAUUUGUGGGCAAGGAGCCCAGUGGCCUGCGCUACAACAAGCUCUCCCUCAAUGAGGAAGGAAUCCCCCACAACCCCAUGGUCAAUGCUGGUGCCAUUGUCGUCAGUUCCCUGAUCAAGAUGGACUGUAACAAGGCGGAAAAGUUUGACUUUGUGUUGCAGUAUCUAAACAAAAUGGCUGGGAAUGAAUUCAUGGGUUUCAGCAAUGCCACGUUUCAGUCAGAGAAGGAGACGGGGGACCGGAAUUAUGCCAUCGGCUAUUAUCUCAAGGAGAAAAAGUGCUUUCCUAAGGGGGUGGAUAUGAUGGCCGCCCUUGACCUCUACUUCCAGUUGUGCUCCGUGGAGGUCACUUGUGAAUCCGGUAGUGUCAUGGCGGCCACUCUGGCCAAUGGUGGGAUCUGCCCCAUUACUGGCGAGAGUGUGCUGAGUGCUGAAGCAGUGCGCAACACCCUCAGCCUGAUGCAUUCCUGCGGCAUGUAUGACUUCUCGGGCCAGUUUGCCUUCCACGUGGGAUUGCCAGCCAAAUCAGCUGUGUCGGGCGCCAUCCUCCUGGUGGUACCCAAUGUCAUGGGAAUGAUGUGUCUGUCACCUCCCUUGGACAAGCUCGGGAACAGCCACAGAGGCAUCAACUUCUGCCAGAAGCUGGUGUCCCUCUUCAACUUCCACAACUAUGACAACCUGAGGCACUGUGCCCGGAAGCUGGAUCCACGGCGUGAAGGGGGAGAGGUUCGGAACAAGACUGUGGUGAACCUCUUAUUUGCUGCCUCUAGUGGAGAUGUGUCAGCUCUGCGAAGGUUUGCCUUGUCAGCCAUGAACAUGGAGCAGAAAGACUAUGACUCACGCACAGCUCUGCACGUGGCUGCAGCUGAAGGACACACUGAAGUGGUUAAGUUCCUGAUCGAGGCUUGCAAAGUGAAUCCCUUUGUCAAGGACAGGUGGGGCAACAUUCCCCUGGACGAUGCUGUGCAGUUCAACCACCUGGAGGUGGUCAAGCUGCUUCAAGAUUAUCAGGACUCCUACAUGCUCUCUGAAACCCAGGCUGAGGCCGCAGCUGAGGCUCUAUCCAAAGAAAACUUGGAGAGUAUGGUGUGAUGCCCAGGUCAUGGACCAUCCCCGUUUCACAAAAACCUGAUGAGCUGGCUACACACUUAACCUAUAACCACCCAAAAAUGCUAUGGAGAGCUACAGUGCUUCGGCAACAUCAGAGAGUUCACUUGGUCAGAGUGCAGUGCUUUCUGUGAGCAUCACAAAGCCCCAUUCCGCUUUGCAGAUGAGGACAGAAAACAGUCUCAGUGGACACCUGUCUUAGAUCUAUCCAUAGUGACAGGGGUUUCUUUAAGGCACAGCCUGAUGGCAGAGCACAUUUGGCACCCUCAAAUCCAUCCCAGACCUCCACUCAGGUCCCCUCUUCCUCAAGAAACUGUCAUGCAAGAGACGCCAGUGGAGGGCUCCAGUUACCAUGUGCAUGUACUCAUGAACAGAAUAAGAGAGUAAGACAAAGGGAGGGCCUGUGUGCCUGACUUUAGUAGCCCGGACACAGCUGCCCCGCCCCCAUCAGGACAUGCUGCUGCUACUGUUGACAGCAAUUUUAUAGACAGAGAAAGUAUUUUGUGCUCAAAUAAACUUUAAUUACACAAACUAUAA